AUGACCGACACAAACGGCGUUCCCGAGGUGUCUGCGACGGCUCUCGCCCCGAUGCAGAGCCCGUCGCAGAGCCUCGAGGGUGAGCGUCUUGAGGCGCCGGUCACUUGGAAGACCUACCUCAUGUGCGUCUUCGCUGCCUUUGGCGGUAUCUUUUUCGGAUAUGACUCGGGAUACAUCAACGGUGUCCUUGGCAUGGACUACUUCAUUGAGACUUUUGAGGGCUUGGACAAAGCCACCACCCCUCCCGACCAAUUCGUGAUUCCCUCUUCCCGCAAAUCCCUGAUUGUCUCCAUCCUCUCUGCUGGUACUUUCUUCGGUGCGAUCAUCGCUGGGGAUCUGGCCGAUUGGUUUGGUCGUCGGACCACGGUCAUUGCUGGCUGCGUCGUCUUCACUGUGGGUGUUGUCUUACAGACUGCCUCGACCAGCAUUGGCCUGCUCGUGGCUGGUCGUUUGAUUGCCGGAUUCGGAGUGGGAUUCGUCUCUGCCGUCAUCAUUCUGUACAUGGCAGAGAUCUCUCCUCGCAAAGCGCGUGGUGCGAUUGUCUCUGGGUACCAAUUCUGUGUUACCAUCGGUCUCAUGUUGGCUUCUUGCGUCGACUACGGCACCGAGCACCGCUCUGACUCGGGCUCCUACCGGAUCCCGGUCGGUCUGCAAUUGCUGUGGGCGACGAUCCUUGCCACCGGUCUCUUGUUCCUCCCCGAGUCCCCUCGCUACUUCGUUCGCAAGGGUGACAAGGAGAAGGCCCGUCAGUCUCUGUCCCGUCUGCGCGGUCAGCCCAUCGACUCCGAGUACAUCUCCAUUGAACUCACCGAGAUUGACGCCAACCUCCAGUAUGAGAUGCAGGCCAUCCCCCAAGGUGGCUACUUCAGCAGCUGGGCCAACUGCUUCCGCGGCAGCAUCUUCUCGCCGAACAGCAACCUGCGCCGCACCGUUCUCGGUACUUCCCUCCAGAUGAUGCAGCAAUGGACCGGUGUCAACUUCGUCUUCUACUUCGGGACCACCUUUUUCACCCAGCUCGGCACGAUCUCCAACCCCUUCCUGAUCAGCAUGAUCACCACCAUCGUCAACGUCUGCUCCACCCCCAUCUCCUUCUACGCCAUCGAGAAGCUCGGUCGCCGCCCCUCCUCCUGUGGGUUCAUCGUUGCCAUCAUCGGCGUCACCGAUGGCCAGAACCCCCACGCCGUCAGCGCGAUGAUCGCCUUCAUCUGCAUCUACAUCUUCUUCUUCGCUAGCACUUGGGGCCCCGGUGCCUGGGUCGUCAUCGGCGAGAUCUACCCCCUCCCUAUCCGCUCUCGCGGCGUCGCGCUCUCCACCGCCUCCAACUGGCUCUGGAACUGCAUUAUCGCCGUCAUCACCCCUUACAUGGUUGACACCGACCAGGGCAACCUCGGGGCCAAGGUGUUCUUCAUCUGGGGGUCUCUUUGCACUUGCGCUUUCGUCUACACUUACUUCUUGAUCCCUGAGACCAAGGGACUGACCCUGGAGCAGGUCGACAAGAUGAUGGAAGAGACUACCCCGCGUACUUCGAGCAAAUGGAAGCCUCACUCUACCUUUGCUGAUGAUAUGGGUGUCACGGAUGAGAAGGCCGUGGUUGCUCCCAAGGUCGCUCACGUUGAGGUCUAA